ACUUCCGGGUUGUGUUUCCUGAGCCGCCGUCAUUCAUUGAUGGUAAAUAAAAGCCGUUCCUCUGUCUGCUGAUGGAGACGCUCCUUUCAAAGCUCCCAGACAAACAUGUCCUUUUCUCGGCCUCCUUUGUUGUCCGUGUGGUUCUGGUGGCUUAUGGAGACCACCAGGACAGGACUAUGGAGGUGAAGUACACGGACAUAGACUACCAUGUGUUCACGGAUGCAGCCAGGUUCAUCACACAGGGUGAGUCUCCAUACAACAGAUCCACCUACCGCUACACCCCUCUGCUAGCCUGGAUUCUCACCCCCAACAUCUACCUCUGCAUGGCGUUUGGAAAGAUCCUCUUCGUUUUCUGUGACGUGCUGUCAGGAGUGCUCAUCUACACAAUUCUCUGUUUGAGAGGUCUCCACGGAAAGACUGCAACCUGUGUGUGUUCUCUUUGGCUUCUCAACCCUCUGCCGAUGGGGGUCUCAAGUCGCGGGAACGCAGAAUCCAUCAUGGCAGCUCUGGUGCUCGGGAUGUUGCUCUGUAUGGAAGCAAAGCGUCUGGUUUGGGCGGCUGUGCUCUACGGCCUGUCUGUUCAUAUGAAGAUCUAUCCCAUAACCUACGCCCUGCCCAUUGCUCUGGCCCUGAGAGCUUCGCAAGAGGGAUCAGCGGACGCCAAAUCAAUCCGGACAUGGAAGAAGUUUAUCACAUUUAUCGGAAGUUUCCUCAACCGUGAGCUGAUCCUCUUCGGAAUCGUGUCCGGAGGAGUUUUCUCCAUUUUUACGCUCGCCUUCUACUACAUGUAUGGUUGGACGUUUCUUCAUGAGACCUACUUCUACCAUCUGACCAGGAGGGACAUCAGGCACAACUUCUCCCCGUACUUCUACAUGCUCUACCUUACUGCAGACAGCAGGGGGAGCCAGUGGCUCGGUUUGGCCGCCUUCCUGCCGCAGCUCAUCCUGCUGUUAGUGGCAUCAUGGAGCUUUCACCAGGAUCUGGUUUUUGCCUGUUUCCUCAAUACGGCCAUCUUUGUCUCCUUUAACAAAGUCUGCACUUCACAGUACUUCCUGUGGUACCUAUGCUUGCUGCCUCUGAUCAUCCCAAACCUGACCCUGUCAGUGAAGCAGGGACUGACUCUGCUGCUGCUCUGGUUUGCUGGACAGGCCCUCUGGUUGGCCCCUGCCUACUUCCUGGAGUUUGAAGGCUACAACACAUUUGUUCUGAUCUGGCUCGCAGGAUUGCUCUUCCUAAUGGUCAACUGCUUCGUGUUGAUUCAGAUCAUAACCCAUUACAGACCCAAACCCCCUCCACAGAGACAGAAGGCUGAAUGACUCUACUGGUCUGAAAUGGAAACACUGACACAAAAAGAUUUGGAUGCAUCAAUAAGAACGUUUCUAUUUUGCUCCAUUUCUCUCAGCUGUCUAUUCAAGCGCUUCCACUUCUAUAAUCUAAAUCAUGUUGUCAGAGAUCGGUCAUAUAGUGUAUAUAAAAGCCUCAGAUGGAUUAUGCGUUAUCCUGAUUUAAACCCUUGGAUUAAAUGCUUAUGUUGGCUGUCCAAAGCACUUAAUUUAACAGGAAUGCACAGAUGGCAAGGAAUUAUCACACCCUGCUUUGUCUUGACUAAAGUUUUUCACGUUUGCCCACAAAUAACAUGACACAGCAGAUUAUCUUCAUCGAUUUUUGAGAGAAAAAUACAGAGUAUAGAUCAGGCAUUAGAGAAAUCCCUCCGAUAUCGUUUCUAAAAAUCAUUUUUUUUUAGAUGUUGUUCACACCAUUUGUCUCUACAUGGCCUUUUAAUGUAGCUGCUUAUUUCUGAGCUCUUGAACAAGGAGGAGUGCUGUGCAGAUGGGAUUAAGUUCAGGUAAAUCAGAGCUAAAUCAUGUCAUUGUGACCUGGAUUCUGAUGUAUAAGCUGUGCUUUGCUUUUCCACCUUACUUUGAUCAUAUAUGACUAAAUGUCUUCAUGUUUGCUCUACAAAUCGAUAUUUUUCAAAGCAGGGUACAAGUUUGUAUCAGCAGGGAAAAUGCUGAUUGAAAUAAGCUCGGUUGGAGCUGCAGUGCGUAGUUUUCACCAGUAGGCCGAAGCAUAGACCUCUGGAGCCUGGAUGCUUGUAUAACCUGCACAGAUUAAUCAGUCAACUGGAGCAUGAAUACGACUCCAAACAAACAGUGUUUCCCUUAAUCUCACCAUACUCUCUCCUUACAUCUUACAUCUUACAUGGAAAUCAUCAAAGGGUUUAUUUUAGUCCUCUGGAUCUAAAGAGUGUUUGUUGGUCCUGCAGGUUGGAGAUGACACUAGGAGCAUAAUAUUACUAGAAACCCCUCCACUGUAUGCACAUUGAAUGGUUGUCAUUUUAAGUGGUUAAGGGUUGAAUUUGUGGGAUUUUUCUAAAACAUUAAUCCAAACGGUUUGGUUUGCCUGUGUGUUUCAGAUUGGGCGUGCGUGUAGGGGCUGACUCACGGUCAGCUGCGGCCUGAAUACUCGUUUUAUGACUCACCCGGUUGCACUGAGUAACCUUUUAGCUGGCCAGCUGCCUUUGGGCACAUGCGUAAACCAUUUUAUUUCACCACCAUCCCUCUGAAUACCACAACAUUCUGGAGUUUAUUUUUAAAAUCUGUUGGCCAUAACAAUGGCUGGGAAGCUUUUCUCCUCGAAUGGUUGUUAUGGUUUCUAAAUGGGAUGUGUGGCGUUCCGGCAGCAAGUUGGAAAAAUCGACUGGAGCGACUGAAGUUGAGGUUUUUACUUAGAAAAUUAAACCUAAAUCCAAAAUUCAUUAGGGAUUUGACAUUAAACAUUGUUGGUAUACUCCAUAAGGAAAAAUGUUUAUCCGUUCAUCCUCAUUAUUGACUACAUUGCUGACUGAUUAGCCGUACCUCAACAAACACUACUUCAUUAUAUUUCAAAUCCUGUAAAGAUUUGAGGUAACUCAAUUCAGAAACACUUUACUAAGUUGUUUUUUUCUGCAACAUUUAGUAUAACCAAAAUAGAUAUAAAUAAUAUAAGACAUAGAUUAGCUCCAGUUCUUUUGGUGUUUGGGAGCUUUUAUUAUAUUCCCUGCAGUGUGUAAUAUUUUAACAACAUCAGCCUGGUUAAAGAAGUAGUAUUAAAGGUGCACUGA